AUGGUUGAUGAAGCUCGUGAUGAGUCCAUGAAAGAGCAAAUGGCUGUGGUUUUUAGAUAUGUUGAUGUAAAAGGCUUUGUCAAAGAACGUUUUUUUGGGCUUAUUCAUGUUGCUGACACUACGGCUUUGACUCUAAAGAAGGAGAUAUAUUCUUUGUUAUCUCAACAUUGCUUAGAUAUACAAAAUAUUCGAGGGCAAGGAUAUGAUGGAGCAAGCAACAUGCAAGGUAUGUGGAAUGGAUUACAAGCUUUGAUUUUGAAUGAUUGCCCAUAUGCUUACUACAUCCAUUGUUUUGCACAUCGCUUACAAUUGGCAUUAGUAAAAGCAUCAAAACAAGUUAAUGCCAUUAGUCAUUUUUUUCUUGCAUUGCUUUUUCUGAUCAAAACUGUUAAUGCUUCAUACAAGCACAAUGAUCAAUUGAAAGUUGUCAAUGCUAAUGAAAUAGAACGUUUGAUUGAUCUUGAAGACCUUGAGACUGGAAGUGGACUUAAUCAAAUUGGCACUUUACAACGACCUGUUGAAACACGUUGGAGUUCACAUUUUAUAUCAGUUUAUAGCUUAUUAAGGAUGUUUACUUCAACUGUUGAAGUUUUACAAAAUAUAAUUGAUGAUGCAGUUGAUGGAGAACAUCGGGCAGAAGCAGAGUCAGCUUAUGAGGGUUUAACUUCAUUUGAAUUUGUCUUCAUCUUGCAUCUUGAGAAGGAAACUAUGGAGAUCACUGAUAAACUUUGUCAAGCUUUGCAAAGCCAAUCUCAAGACAUUUUAAAUGCCAUGCAUUUAGUUUCAUUACUAAAGCAUUUAUCCAAAAAUUUAGAGAUGAUGGAUGGGAUGGCUUACUCACCACUGUGA